AAAAAAUUCAAUUAAAAUCUUGGGUAAAUAGUAAUUAUUAGAGUUGAAAUAUGGUAUAUAGAAAAGUUAUUAAUCGAUUUAAAAACAAUACACAAAGAUAUACAUGAUAUUUCCAGAUAAUGGGUUUGAAAUUUGAAAUCAAAAUAUUCAAUAAAAGAUUGUCUGAUUAAUGCAAAAAUGAUUAGAGAAUAUUAUAAUAAAUGUUAGAAAAAUAAAUUCUAAUUUUAGGAUUUGACAUUGUAGCUGUGCAUAAGCAUGACAUUAAGAAACAUAUCAUUCCAGAUCAGAGCGAGGGAGAGUUUCGUUUAUAAAUGUAGCACAAAUAAAUCAUAUUUGUCAAUGAAAUUGAAGCACUAAUCAAAGGAAUCGAUCCAGAAUAACGAGCGAAUAGGAAAAAGCAAAAAUAUUGAUGACUGGAACAAUUAAAGGAACGCCUUUAUAAAAAGGAUAAACUUAAAAGCAAUUACUCUACAUGAAUUUUAUAUUAUUAAAUAAGAGUUUAUUUAAAUUAUUACAAAUACACAAUUUAACUAAGAAAAUUAGCAGGGAAAGGAAGAUUAGUUAUUACACUUGAAAAUCAUCGAGAUAUAUAAGAGGAUAAUGCAUAGAUAGAAUCAAUGA